AACGCACUACGUAGUUCGUGCAAUAACAUAACGUAAAAAGCUGAAAAGUGUCAUGCAUUAUGAACGUAAAAUGGUCGUUUAGUUAUGUUUUGAUAUUUGAUUCUACAUACGGGAGAAGAAAUCUUGAACUGCAGUUCUAAUUUUGUGAAACGGUAGUAAUAAUAACACCGUGUUAUUUUCGUGCGAGUUUCAGGUGUACAAUAUAAAAAUAUACAAAAUGCAACCAUUUGGUGCUGGAGAUAGUACGUCAAAUAUUCCUGCCUUUUUAGGCAAAUUGUGGAAAAUGGUAAAUGAUCCAAAUACAGAUCAAUUGAUUUGCUGGAGUCCGGCUGGGAAUAGCUUUGUCAUUCAGAAUCAAGCUCAAUUUUGGUAUGAGCUACUACCUCUGUAUUACAAGCAUAACAAUAUGAGUAGCUUUGUACGACAGUUGAAUAUGUAUGGGUUCCACAAAAUGUCUACUGUUGAAAAUGGAACGAUGGAUUCAGAUAAAGAUGAAAUACAAUUUUACCAUCGUUAUUUUCAAAAGGACCAACCAGAGCUCCUUAGGAACAUCAAACGCAAAGUAACGGUAUCAAAGACAGAAAACAAUAUCCAAAAUGUAUUGAGGCACGAAGAUAUUACGAAAGUUUUGUCAGAUGUGAAACAUCUAAGAGGCCGUCAGUCUAAUGUAGAUUCGCAAUUGUCUGCAAUGAAACAGGAGAAUGCAGUGUUAUGGAGAGAACUAGCUAUGUUGAGGCAGAAACAUAUAAAACAACAACAAAUUGUUAACAAGUUGAUUCAAUUUUUGGUAACCCUUGUCCAACCAUCAGCCCCAUCAAGAAUGGGGGUGGGGGUCAAGAGAAGGAUGCCUCUUAUGCUGGACGAAAGUCCGAACAAAAAAAGUAAACUGAAAGAGAUGUCGAAAAAUGCCACUACUGACAAUGGGCCCACGAUACACGAAUUGGAUAGCGAAAUUGAAAUUUCUACAGAUGAAUUAUUUGAUACUGAUAUAGAGGAUCAAGGAUUGGUCUCAAGUCCUCAUACUUCUUCAGCUUCAACCUUAUCUAGUGAUACCCACCAACCCGCCUCUUCUGUCUCUAGUGAAGGCAGUGGAGACUCUAGUACGAGUACUGGCACUUUGCCUGAUAAUUUUUGGGAUAAACCAGAAUUUGUGGAGAUCAAUCAGCUUCAACCAGAAGAUCUGAUAGCCAACGACAUAGCUGAGGAAGGACUGAAUGAUCUCCAUAAUAACACAGUAUCUCAAUCCAAUGAGAAAGUAUUUCUGAAUCCGAGCUCUAGAGAUACUCUUUUGUCAAAUUUGGUAAAUGGCAGUUGUAAUCGUAAGGCUGCAUUAACCAAAAAUGGUAAAAAAACGCCGAAUGCCUCCGAAUUAUCUACGAGUAACCUUCUAUCGAAUAAUACGCCAGAUUUGAAUCAAGACAUGAGAAUAGCAACUAAAGAUUUGAAAAUCAACAGUGGUACACUUGGUACUAAUGAAUGUUGCAGGGAAGAUUUAGAUUUACAUUUAGAGUCGGCUCAAAGUGACAUUGAGCAACUGAAGGAUAUACUCCAUGGAUGCGGUACUUUGGACGCCAACGCAUUGUUAGGGCUUUUCAAUGAAGAUACCCCAGGAUGUGGCUUGAACUUUUGUCCGACUGAAACUCAAAAAAAUAAUGGAGUGAAUGUAGCAGGAGAUCCAAUGCUAUCGGGAAAUGAAAUGGCGACAGAAAGCAACAAUUUGAUCGAUUUCACUGAACUUUUUGAUGAAUCCCUUACAAACCAUGAAGCCAACACUUCCGACAGCAUAGACUCAUAUAAUGCACACUUGGGCUCGAGAACUAACAGACGAAUGGAAGUGAAACUGGAGCCUUCAAGAGGAAAUCUCGAGAAAGAUCUAUAAUGUUUAAUCCUUAUAUAUGGAAAGGUUCUUUUAGCAUAGUUUAUUAAAUAAUAGUUCACCCUUCACAUUUACCGUUCAGAUGCUCAUUGUAAUUUUUGUUGACCAUUGUUAUUUUAUUAUUUCGACUUUCAGGCAUAGGAAAAUGUAACGGUUGAGAUGCUUUUAUAUAAUCUGGAGAGAAGUUUGGAAAUUAAUUCUUUGUUCAUACUUUGCGUUGAGUAAUGGGUAAAUAACCACAAGCAGGAAAGUGAAUAAAUGAGAAACAUAGAACACCUACAGGGUAUUAAUUAAGUAUGUACCAUACAUUUAGCCGACGAUUCUUUGAGUAAUUUCAAAACAAAAAGUUCAUAUAAAUAUAGGUCAUUCACAGGGUGUUGAAAUGUAAAAAAAAUCCGUAAAUUCCUCAAGUAUCUGUUACCUAAUUUACUUACAAUUUGGCGGUGGUAUUUAUAAUUUUAUGGAGCUAAUUUAGCCGGAACAUGAUUGAAUUUAUUAAGUCCAGUGGCGUCUCGAGCGGGAUCUGAACGAAUAUUUCUGGCAAAAAAAUGUACGCCACUGGUUUUUGUGCAAUUUUUAUUAUGUUCUGUGGAUUAAGCAAAUAGAAAUAUAACUUUUUUAUCUCUUGAAUUUUUUUCAUCUUGCUCAGUUUUCGGUACAAAAACGACCACUUAAUUGGAUCACACAAGGAAUAUGUAGGAAAAGUAUCUUUUGAAAAAAAAAUUUUAUUUUUUAAUAAAACUAAUUUUAAUGUUAUUUAGUAAUGAAAAAAUUAUACAAAAAUAAGAAUUUUCAAAAGAAACUUUUCCCCAUAUUCCUUGCGUGGUGCAGGGAUAUGCAAUUAAGUGUACUUUUUUCUCGAAAACUAAGCUACUAAAAAAAUUCAAGAGAUAAAAAAGUAUUUCUAUUUGCUGAAUAUAAAGAACAUAAUAAAACUUGCACAAAAGUCAGUGGCGUAAUUUUGUUGUCACAAAUAUUCGUUCAGAUCCCGUCGGAGUUAAUAAAUUUAAUCAAGUUAGGGCCAAAUUACAACAAAAUCAGGUAAAGGAUAUUCAAGAUAUUUACGAAAAAACAUUUUUUCACCCUGUAUCUUGAGAACGAAGAAUUUGCGGACCUAUGUUUAUAUGAACUGUUUGUCUUAAAAUUACUCAAAGAAUUGUCUGUCAAAUUUUUGGUACAUACUUAAUCAACAGCCUGUAUACUAGGACCCAAAACAUACAUACUACGUCACCUAAAACAGUGAAACAAACAUACAUACGAUCCGCGAUCAUAACUACGACACUGUUUCAAUAAUUUACAUACUUCGGUUAGUGUAUGCUAUACAGCAUAAUGUAAAGUAAACCUUAUUUCACGAGUAUCCAUCACGCUUUGAGGUGAACAGCUGAUCACAAAAGCGACAUCUUUGUGUUAAUUUGUAACGUUGGCAAUAAUGAAUUUCGGGACCGUAUUCAGAGCUGUUGUUCACAUAUCAGGAUUAUAUUUUUAAGUGGAUGGGAAAUGUGACAAUAAGAUGGUCAAGUACAUAUAUAGAAAAGUUUAUUAGAAAAUUAUUAUAGUACAUUUGGGAUUUAUGGAUUAGUAUGUCAAUAGAACAGGUUGCAUAGUCCUUUCCAGAAGCUGUAAAUUUACCUGUAAAAAUAAUAUAGACACGUCUUUCUGGUUUAUUGUCCGUCAUCAGUGUAACGUAAUUCAUCAAAAGCGCAUAACUAAUCACAUCAAAGCUAAUACAUUCACCCAAAAUUACGUAAACGACCCACCAUCAUGGCAUAUUUUUGUGAUACAUCAAAUGCAUCAUACCACUCAAACAGCAAAAUAAAAAUAAAACAUACGUCCUGGAUUUUUUCAUUUCCUCGAUAUGUAAUGAUGGCAUAGCAUCAAUUUGCUGACAGCUCCUUAUGAAUAUCUUACUCUCCGAAAAAAGUAUAAAUUACGUUUGCGUUUCCUUUGGAUUUUUGCAGAGAUCUCUACAGUUGGCCCAUGCCUGUAUUCACGAACACUGCAUUGUCCCAGUUGUGUACAUUUCAUGACUUCCUGCAAUAGUUACUUACAUUUUUAUAUUUUAUUACUUGUUAGAUUUACCUGAGUAAUGUUCAUACCUAAUUGAGGGAAUCGAACCUCUAUCAACUCGGUCAUAUUCUUUCACACAUUCUGAACUAAAUGUAUGGCUCUUUCAUUCCCCUUUAAGAUUAUAUGGUGUUUCCAGUUCUAAAGAGUAGAUAUAAUUAAUAUAGUCAAAAGCUGUUUAUCUUAUUUCAUUCCUACCUGACUUGAAAUGUAGUCAUGGUCAUUAGCAGCCAUUGUACUUGUAGCGUUUCUUUCGUAUUCAAAGAAACUUUUUUAAAUAAAAGAGUUGUUAGCAAGUACAAAAUGAAUCUAUAGCGUACAAAGAACCACAACAAAAUACGGGUCUGUCUACCUUGAGUUCACCGAUCCGUCGGAAUUAAUUAUGUGUUCUGUGCCGAUUUGGGGAAUUUUGAAAUAUUACUAGAUAACUAGCUGUCAUUGUUCCGUGAUGGAUACUCAUCAAAUAGGGUGUAAGGCAUAAGGUUACUUUUGUGCUGAAUGCGGUUAUGUACUUAUUAUGUCAAGCGGUGUAUGCUAUUUUCUUAUUAUUGUAAUUGUUUGUUUUUGUAUUAUCAUACCACCCAUCGUCGACUUGAGAUGCCUGUUUAGAGAUAAUUUCAUUAAUUCGUGGAGAUAUCUCAUUAUUGUUUAUUUAGCAUUUACUAAUUUUUCAUUUAUAUUCACAUUAUAUACGUAUUUGAGGCUCAUUCGUUUUAUGGUCGGUGUUUGUAUGGUAAAAUUGAUCAAGUCGACUACGUCAGAUUUUCAGGAAUUUUUUGAAAGAUUGAUAAAGGUACUUUAUGAAAGAAAUCAUGAUUUCAAUUGAUACUGCAAACGAUUUCAAAUUGGUUGACUGUAUCUUACUUAGUAGAAGCUUUGUAAGAUUUUAUAUUCAACUAUAAACGAUCCAUACAAACAUGUUCAUUUGGAAACUGACAGUAUUAUGUGGGAGAUACAACAAACCUACAUGACGUCAUUUUAUGCAAAUAGUCAUUUUCUUACUUGAGGCCUCCUUAUUUGGUUUGACAGCUUUGAUAUUUAAUAAUAAUAACAGCGUUUAUUUGCAGAGCAAAAAAUACAAAGAGAAAAAAUUAAAAAUGAAGAACUAGUAAACUGACAAGCUGAUCAAAGCCCAACAAAAAAAAUUACAACAGAGGAGUUCUUAACCAAAUUAUAUAAGUUAAUAUUAAUAAUUAAUAAAUAAUAAAUACAAGCGUAAAAAAUAUGUAUAUAAAGAGAUCAUAUAAAAAUAUAAAUUAACAAAAAAGGUCAAAUCAUUUUAGGCAGAUUUAACAAAAAAAAACAUUUAAAAUAUAAAAAGGAAAGGAACAAUAUAAAGUAAACACUACAAUUCAUCUAAUAGAAAUUUUCUGUAACUUCUUUUAAAAGCUGACACAGACAUAGACUUGAAAGGUUUGUGGGGACGUGAUUGUACAAGUGGUAGAUAAAAUGAGAAAAACAUAGAUGUACGAUGACGUGGUUGGGAAAUCAGCUUCCGAGAUCGAACAUUGAUAUUGUAAACAUCACUUCGAAAUGUAAUCUUAUUAUAUAAAUAAGGCGGAGUUUUAUAGAGAAUGAUUUUAUUUUUUCACUCCAAAAAUGAACCUAAGACAAGAGUUUUGGACACGCAGUUUACAAGGCCCAUAAACUGAAUCACAGUAAUUGAAUAAUUACUAAACAAUCGUGUUAUAAAGUAAAGCCUUAAGUUGAAAAUGACAAAUAGUUAUCAUAUAUCUUCCUCAUGGAAGAAGGCUGCUUUUUUCUAUCUGUUUGUCAAUAUUGUCAAAGCAAAUAAGGUGCUCUUAAAAUACCUAAGCAGACCUCAAAUGAAGGAAGAACUCGGAUCUCUUAAAUAAGACGUCAAUGGCUAAGUCGAUACUUAGACAAAUCUGAAAUUUAUUUUGAUUAUCAUCUAUUUGUAUUCAUAUUUUUCUUAUUGAAAGUUCAUGUUGCGCUUGCUUAAUUUUUCCUAUGGAAACUCUGUAAAUAUUAUACAGGGAAUCAAUUUCCAAUAUCUGAGGUCAUAUUGACUUUAUAUUAAAAGACAAAAGAGAAAAUAUUAAAUCUGUUGUAUUAUUCACGUGACCGUGGAACUCUGUUUUGAACAAUUUUAAAUGAACAUAGAUACUAUUUUAUUUAUGUUUUUAAUGAUAGAUUAUUGAUUCUUAUGAAUGAAAAAGUAAGAGCAUCUACAAUCAACGUAGACAAUUUACUUGUAUAAUAAUUUAUAAAACGGUUUUUUGUUGUAUUGGUUAUUUUUUCAAGAAUUUCAAUUUCAAUUUAAUUAAUAAAACAUUUUUUGAACCAAAAUUUCAUUGAUAUGAAAGUACGUUACUAAAACGCAGUCGACUGCUAACUAUGCCAGCCUUGUUCCUGUAAGUAUUUUAUACAACAAAAACAUGUCUUUUAUAUACUCUACGAUAAAACUUGGAAAGCAAAAUUUCCAUGUCAAAUUCUUGAUUUAUAUUUUCAUACCACUAAAACGAAAAGGAGGAAUAUAGCAACUUAUGACAGAUAGUAAGUUAAACUUUGCUUCGAAGAAUAAAUAUUAGAUAUCCAUAUGUUAACUCAAUUCUCAAAGAUUAUAUUGCUAUAUACAACUGAAUAAAAUGAAAACAUAUUUAGAAACUUAUUAACUAUAUAACACUGUCAAAAUGUGUUGAAACCUCUGUAAUAUAUGAGGUGAUGUUCAGAGUCUUUAUAAAAAAGUGUAUAUUUUUGUAGAAAAAAAUAUACCUAUUGAAAAUGAAUGAAGUUAUAUUCAUUUUUUACUUGUCUCAUAUUCUGUUUAAGUAUUGAGCUUUACAAAAUGGAGUAAAUAGUGUGACUGAAACUGAUUGUCGAAUAUUUCCUAAUCUUCAAGAAAACUGAUUGUAUUCUCAAGUACCAUGCAUAAUGAAUACAAUACAGGGUGGUCCAUCCAUGUGUGGACGGAAUAUUACUCAUAAACAAAUACAUUUUGGGAAAAUCUAUUUAUGGCAUGUUAUACAUGACAUUUGAGGGCACAUUUCCUAAAUAUUGGCAAUCAUACAGGGUGUCCCAAUUUUGACCUUCGUAUCAAAGUUGUGAUUUUUUAAAUGAAAUGCCUCAAAAUUUAUUGCAUAUUUGGAUAAACCGAUUCAAAAGAAGAAUAUUGAUAAAACAUACUAUAGGGUUUUGGUAAUUAGCUACUGAGAUGUAAGGUGUUUUGUCCAGAAAAACCGUCCACUUCGGCAACCCCUCAAUCCGCCAUUUUGAAAUUUGGAGUGCUGAAUUUUUAAUCAAAAAAAAUCUAUACACCUCAGCUUUUAUCUUAUUUGUUACUUUUUCGAAUUUUCAUUUUUGCUCAUGUCACAAACGCGAAUUGUGCUUUUUCUCAAAAGUUCCAAUGUAUAUUUGUGAAAGUUUGGAUUCAAUUUUUUUAUAAGCUUUUUUUUGGUAUAAGGUUUGAUUCAGAUAAAAUCACAAGAUUUUGAGAAUCAUAAGCUUUUAAUAGAACAACACACCAAAAUUAAGGAAAAAAAUCACAUCAUCCAUGGAAACAAAAGACAAACUGGGCUAGUUCCAUAUUGCCACUAAGAGUACAUAUUUGACGUAAAAACUAAUAAAAAUCAGAAUAGUAUAAAUCAGAUUCAAGCAUAAUAGAGAAAAACGACUAUAACAACAACAUAAACAAACAACUAUUACUACUCAAGACCUAACCUACAGAAAUGACCGUUGCACAUCCUUCAGCAUGUGUUCCCUUAUGUUCAGAAAAGCAUCCUUAAUCCUUUCCUUCAUAUUUUCCGGGGUAGAUGGUGGAUAUCUAUAAACCUCUUGCUCAACGUAGCCCCAUAGAAAGAAGUCCAUCGGUGUCAUAUAUGAUGAUUUAGGAGGCCAAGAUAUAGGCCCAUCACGACUGAUCCAACGAUUGUUACUCCAGGUGUCCACACGAUUAUGAUAAUGCGCAGGUGCGCCGCCAUGUUUGAAAGUACAUAUGCAUCCGAGUUUGCAGGUUGACACCCUCCAAAGGCAAAUGCUCUAUCAAAAAAUCUGUGUAUUCUGUGCCUGUUAAUCUGUUGUCGAAAAAGAAAGACCCGAUAACUUGUCUGCCAAUAACUCCUCCUCAAACAUUCAAGCACCAUUUAUCUUGGAAAUCCAUUUGUCUAACCCAGUAACGGUUUUCCGUCGCAUGAUAGUGUAUGUUAUGCCUGUUGACAACACCUAUGCUGUUAAAAGUUGCUUCAACGCUAAAAAGAACCUUAUCCAGGAAAGUAAUGUCUUCACUCACUUCAUUUAGCAUUAUUCUACUAAACUCCAUUCGAGCUGCGAAAUCCUGAGGACGAAGGCCUUGAUGCAAGCAUAGGUGAUAUGGAUGGUACCUAUGCUUGUGAAUAAUCCUUUGGACAGAAGUUCUGCAUAUACCAGUUUCUGUUCCAAUUUGCCGAGCACUUAAAUGGGGAUUUUCCUGCAACUUUAAUAGAACCUCUAAGUGAUUCGCCUCAUUGGUGACACUUGGAUUAUUUAUACAUUUUUUACUAUAUUCCACUGCUCCACUUGAUUCAAAACGUUCACGUAGUGUGGAAAAUGUUUCCGGCCUUGGAUGUCGCAUAUUAGGGUACCGUUGCUUAUACUCGUAAAUGCGAGAUGCUGGAAAACUAUUUCUUUGGGCUUCGCCCAAAAUGAACACCAUAUUCACAAUUUCUUCUUUAGAAAAAUUCAUUUUCAAAGACGUUUAUAUUAUAAUGCUCACAAAGCUAAUUUUGACAGUUUGUAACUAAUCAACAAUUUAUUUGUUUCCAAGGAUGAUGUGAUAUUUUAGGGAAUUAAACCGAUCCAUAAAAGACGUGCUAAUAACCGAAAAAAUAGCCGUAAAAACCCUUGUGUCUAGUAUCAAAAAAAAGGUUAUAAAAAAUUGAAUCCAAACUUGCACAAAUAUGAUGCAUUUGAAAUUUUGAGAAAAACUACAGUUUGCGUUUUUGACUACUCUGUAUGAGCAAAAAUUAAAAUUCGAAAAGGUAACAAAUACGAUAAAAGUUGAGGGGUGUAAGUUUUUUUGAUACAAAACUCAGAACUCCAAAUUUCAAAAUGGCGGAAUGAGAAGUUGCCGAAGUGGAGCGUUUUUCUAGACAAAAACACCUUAUACAAUAAAAUUUGAGCCAUUCCAUUUGAAAAAUCACAACUUUGAUAUGUAGGUCGAAAUUGGGACACCCUGUAUAAUGGCCAAUAUUUUAGAAAUGUCCCCUCAAAUGUCAUGUAUAACAUCCCAUAAAUAGUUUCCAAAAAUGUAUAUUCUGUCCACAUAUGGAUGGGCCACCCUGUAGUUCUGAAAUUUUGAUUAAUUAAAAUGGUAGUGAGAGAUCAAAGAUGUAUGAAAUCUGUAACAUUUCACCACCUGUUAUUAUUUAAUUCAUUCUAUGUGUAAUAUACUUAAGUUUUGGAAAGUAAUAUAUGCAUAUUAGUACUGGUUUAUCCGUCUUUGUUUUGAAUUGAUAGAUUUGUAUAUUGGAUUUUAUUGUAUACAUAUAUUUGUAAUAUAUUAUUUGUUUGUAGAUACUGUA